AUACAACUUCAUAAUGGAUGGAUAGGCGGUCGUACCGACAGUUCAAACUUGACCGUUGAGAGCAGUGCACGUUUAUUCUAUUUUUAAAUUACGAUUCAAAAUGAUGCUGCCAGUUUUUGGAGUGUUGUUGGCUGCAUGUGGAGGCGUCUUAAGUCACACCUAUCAUCUAGGAGCAUGUCCAAUAGUGGAGCCGAUGCCUGGAUUUGAGAUGAAUAAGAUGCUUGGCGUCUGGUAUGUUAUACAAAAGACAUCGACAGCGUCGCAUUGCAUUACAUAUAACUUCACGAAGUCCGAAGAGCCCGGUAAAUACAAUUUGGAGCAAGUUUCUCAACACUUCAUACUGGGACUGACGCCUUUGAAACAUGACUACAGAUAUUCUGGAGUGCUAUCUGUUCCCGACCCGUCAGUUCCUGCUAGGAUGAAAGUCAGGUUCCCGUUAAGCGUGGCCGGCUCAGCGAGCUACACGAUCCUGGGGACCGACUACUCCACCUACGCCGCCAUAUUCACGUGCCAGAAACUCGCGUUCGCCCACAGGAGGUCCGCCACCAUUCUCUCCAGAACCAAGGAGCUUGACAGGAUGUUCGUUGAUAAGAUGCGAACGAAGCUGUCCUCAUUCGGCGUUGAUCCUUACGAUCUAUCGAUCAUCUCCCAAAACAACUGCCCCAAACAUCCCGACGGCGCCACUGAGGGAGUGAACAUCAAUAUCAACCCUGAUACGUUCUCCUCGCACAACAUCGGCGAGGCGGUCAGGAAGACUGGUGGAGUCAUCGCCGAUGGUGUAGAAUACGUAGUAGACGCCGGUAAGAAGGUGUACCACAAAGUAGCCAGCAGCAAGGAGGAUCUCACCGAGCCGCCAAUAAGUCAUAAUGGUUAUGAAGUACGGCCUCUUGAAGCCGACGCAGAAUGGCUUCCUUGAACACCUUCAAUAUAAAACUGUAAUACUCAUUGAAUCGACAUAGAGAAUGAAUGCUGUUAAAUGUUUUCAGUGUGAAAGAGAUAGAGUGAAUGUGCGGCUAACAUUUGUAUAAAACGAAGUUCCGCCAA